CGCUUCUAGCAGACGACUUUGCAAACGCACAACAACGCACAAGCAACUAAGUCGCUCACAACUUUUGACUGCAGCAGUGCUAAGCCAUGGCAGAUCUUUUCAACACGACAAAAGUCGUGCUCAGGCACGUCGUGGAGACGCGGUCGCUGCCCGAUGUUGACCUCUUGAAGCUGCUGAUCAGCCAGAUGCUGGGCUACGCCAUCCUGGCCGGGGCGUGCGUCACCAAGCUCCCCCAGAUUCUGCUGAUACGGCAAGCCGGCAGCGCUGAGGGACUUAGUAAGGAAAUGUUCGAAAUUGAGACGUACACGUUACUGGUGUCGGCGCUGUACGGCUACACCCGACAGCUGUCGUUCAACACAUACGGCGAGUCUCUCAUCCUGGCGACUCAAAACCUGGUCAUCCUGGGCAUGGUGUACGGCUACAGUCGUACUCCUGCGCUGCGGCGGUUGGCGGUUUGGGGGGCAUACGUGGCAUUGACAGUUGGGGUUGUUACAGGUCAGCUCUCUAGCGACGCCAUGGAGAAGUUUGCACACGCCAACACUGUGGUGGUCUUAUUUUCCCGCGUGCCCCAGGUGGUCAAGAACUUCGCGGCUGGCUCUACUGGCACGUUGUCCGGCAUCACCACAGGCAUCAACGUGCUCGGCUGUGUGGUGCGCAUCUUCACCACGCUGCAUGCGGACGGCGGGCCCGCAAUGCUGCGCAGCUACAUCGUCAGUCUUGUCAUCAAUGCGAUAUUGCUGCUGCAGAUCAUUGCCUAUCGCAAGAAGACGGCGGAGCAGCUUAAGGCGGCCCAGGGGCAGAAGAGGGAGAAGCUGGCGGGGGCUGAGAGCCGAAAGAACAAGUAGAGGAGAUGAAGCGGCUUGGCGGCGGCUUCGCUGGAUGGGCUUUGUCGGUUGCGAAGGACCGUUACGCCCGUUGUCACAGCGGCGCGGAACUGCGGAUGGCUGCGCCUCAUGCCCAGUUCAGGUGUUUUUGCAAGGUGGGGUCCGCUUCAGCCCUUUCGGUCUUCCAAGGCGAUUCCCGGGAAGUGGUGUGGUAGAUGAGACCCACGAAUGCUAGACGCACGAAUCAAACGGGGGCUUUGCGGGAUCCUGGAGAUUGAGGCUGGGCUUGGGGCAUGGGACAAAAUAAAGUACGCUUCGUGAGGGGGCCGUGAGUGGUUACAGAGGGUAUCUAAUGUAGACGGCCGAUCGGCUGUGUGUGUUUGGAUACAAGCUUGUGCGCGAGGUUGCCGUGUCCUAAACCGUGGGCAGGAAAGCUGUCGCGCGAGGGUUUUGCAGCCGCUGAAAAAGCGUAUUACUGCUGCAGUUUGAGGGGGCAUGCAUUGAGAGCCGCGUGUGGAUGUAUACUGGGGGGAGAAGAGAGGGAAAACUUCCACGUUCAUAAGCUCCUGAGGAGCAGUUCACGCGAUGUGUGUCUUUUAAGUGCCGCGCGCCGCACCCAUACCUACUGACGUUCAGUUCCAGCAUAUGGGCAUAUGCCGCUCUGUCGUUUCGUUAUGACCACGUAUUUUGAACACCUCGAACUUC